AUGUAAUAUUAAUCUAUUAGAUGCAGCCGAAACUGGAAAUAUAGAAAAAGCCAAAGAAUUAAUAAAUAAAUAAUAAAAUCAAUACCCUGUAGACUUAAAUUAUAAGUAUUAAAAUAAAAAAUAAGAUAUUAUAUAUAAAAAUAAAAAAAAAGAUCCCUUGACUAAUGGACUGCCCUUCAUAUUGCUAUAUCUGAAAAAAAUAAUGAAAUAGCUGAAUUAUUAAUCUAAAACGGCGCUAAUAUAGAAUCCGAAACUUCAUUUAAGCGUCGUCCAAUCCACAUAGCCUGUAUUACCGAAAACAUAGAAGGAAUAGAAAUACUAAUAAAACAUAAAGCUGAUAUAAAUGCUUUAGACGCAAAUAAUAAUUCUGCCUUAAUAAUAGCUUGUGAGAAACAAUUAGAAAAAGCUGUUGAAAUUUUACUAGAAAAUAAUGCUGAUUUCACAAUUGAAAAUCUAAAUGGAAUAUCUGUACAAAAGAUGUUUUUAUAAGAAAGCAUAUACUAGAUUUUCCAAAAAUACAACAUAAAUAUCUUAAAGAAAGAGAAUAUAAAUACUAAUAAUAAAAAAAAUAACAAAAUAAAAAAAUUUAGAAGUGUUAAAGAUUAUGAUUAUUAUAAAAUUUUAGGAACCGGAUCUUUUGGAAAAGUACUAUUAGUUAAAGAUAAAUAAAAUAACAAAUUUUAUGCAAUGAAAAUCAUUUCAAAAGAAAAAUUCUAAUAAAUGAAUUUAAUGAAAUAUGCUAUAUAGGAAAAAAACUCUAUGGCUAAAAUGAAUCAUCCCUUUAUAGUUAAAUUUCAUCACUCAUUUUAGUCUAAAAGUAAACUAUUUAUAAUUUAAUAAUAUUGCGGAGGUGGAAGUCUAGGAAGAAUGCUUAAAUAAUAUAAGAAAUUUGAAGAAGAAACUGUCAAAAAAUAUGCUACUUAACUUAUUUUAGCAAUAGAGGCAUUGCAUGAAAACUUAAUUAUUUUCAGAGAUUUAAAACCAGAUAAUAUAGUGCUUGAUGAAGAAGGAAAUGCUCAUUUAAUAGAUUUUGGUUUGGCAAAAAUAGGAGUUUAUGAUUAAAUAAACUAGUCUUUUUUAGGAACUCCAGCUUAUAUUUCGCCUGAAAUAGUACUAAAAAUGGGCCAUAAUAGAAUGACAGACUGGUAUUCUUUAGGAAUAGUUAUAUAUGAACUACUUUUUGGGUUCACUCCAUUUAAUUAAGGAAAUGUUUCUCGAGAUACAUUAUAUGAAAGAAUAAAAAGUAAUAAAAUUACAUUUCCAACAUAAAUAUCGAAAAAUUGCUAGGACAUAAUAAAAAAACUUUUAGAUAAAAAUCUUUAAAAUAGAAUAGGAUAUAAAGGUGAUGGAAAAGAAAUAAAAUCUCAUGAAUGGUUUUCUGAUGUUGAUUGGAAUAAAGUUUUACAAAAAAAAAUUAUUAUGCCAAAGCCUCCAAUAAGAUAAAUUCCAACAUAUCCUUUAGAAGUUAAUUUUAAUGAAGAUUGUGAUUAAGAAUUUAAAAUUAGUUGUUGGACUUAAAAUAAUUUAAUUGAAUGA